CACGCAUCGGCUACACACACACACACACACUGAGAGUGAGUGAGUGAGGAGGAUCUCAGUGCGCAGUGCGGAGCUGAAAACAUGAGCAGCGUUGCAUUGAUUAUCAGUGUUUGUGCAUGAUGCAUUAGACACACACAGGUGUGAUUUGACAGAGAUCAUGUGUGCGGUGCGCUCGGGCGUCUCUUCGCGGGGGAAAGUGUCUUCAUGAGUGUCCAAAGUAACAGCAACAGCAGUGGAAGUUUGGACGGAGCGCCAUCUUGCUCUCAGUUCUCGACUGGAUCUCCGACCCCGGGCUCAGUUUCUCCGCUCGAUAUCUGCGCUCCGCGGAGGCAUAAAGAAGGAAUGGAUGAACUGCAUUCUCUGGAUCCACGUCGGCAGGAGCUUUUGGAGGCACGUUUCAUCGGGGCAGUUAGUGGAAACACAGGAGGAAGCACAGGGAGCGCGAGUGGCGGACCUAAAGGUUUGAACAAUAACGAAUGUUCCAGUCACAGUUUUGGCAGCCUGGGGUCAUCUAGUGACAAGGAGUCAGAGAACUCUGACAUAAAGAAAGGAGGAUCGCCUGCAUAUUCAACUCCAGAGAAGAAGCACUCCGAAUCAUCCAGGGGAAGAAAGAGGAAGGUUGAUAACCAAUCAGAGAGCAGUCAAGGAAAGUCUUCCGGCCGAGGGCCCAAGAUCAGCGAUUAUUUUGAUUUCCAGGGAGGAAACGGAUCAAGUCCAGUCAGGGGUCUUCCUCCGGUCCUGCGAUCACCACAGAACUCACACUCUGCACCCGGAGCUAUCGUCAGACAGAACAGCUCCUCACCCACCAGCCUGUGUUUCAUGGAUCACAUGAUGAAUCCAAAACAGCUUAGCAGCAGGAGUGUCCAGACUGAUUUGACACUGUUGAAACUGGCUGCACUUGAGAGCAAUAAGAAUCUUGACCUUGAGAAGAAAGAGGGCAGAAUAGAUGAUCUACUCAGGGCAAACUGUGACCUCCGCAGACAGAUAGAUGAGCAACAGAAGCUGCUGGAACGUUUCAAGGAGCGUCUGAACAAAUGCACUACGAUGAGUAAAAAACUCCUCAUUGAGAAGAGCACUCAAGAGAAGCAGUCCUGCCGUGAAAAGAGUAUGCAGGACCGGCUGCGUCUGGGGCACUUCACCACAGUCCGACACGGAGCAUCCUACUCGGAACAGUGGACGGACGGAUAUGCCUUCCAGAACCUAGUCAAGCAGCAGGAGUGGAUAAACCAGCAGAGGGAAGAGAUUGAGAGGCAGCGGAAACUUCUAGCAAAGCGUAAACCUCCCAGCACACCCUCCUCCCAGAGCCCGACCCCCAAUGAGUCCAAACAGAGAAAGACCAAAGCCGUCAAUGGAGCUGACAAUGACCCCUUCCUCAAACCCAGCCUGCCUACACUAUUGACAGUGGCAGAGUAUCACGAGCAGGAAGAAAUCUUCAAACUGAGACUGGGUCAUCUCAAAAAGGAGGAGGCAGAGAUUCAGGCGGAGCUAGAACGGUUGGAGCGUGUGAGGAAUCUGCACAUUCGAGAACUUAAAAGAAUCAACAAUGAGGACAGUUCUCAGUUUAAAGACCAUCCAACCCUUAAUGAAAGGUAUCUUCUGUUACACUUGCUGGGAAGAGGAGGUUUCAGUGAAGUUUAUAAGGCAUUUGACCUGUUUGAGCAGCGAUAUGCUGCUGUGAAGAUCCACCAGCUCAACAAGAACUGGAGAGAAGAGAAGAAAGAGAACUACCACAAACAUGCCUGUAGAGAAUACAGAAUCCACAAGCAACUGGACCAUCCCAGAAUAGUCAAACUUUACGACUACUUUUCUCUGGACACUGACACAUUCUGCACUGUUCUCGAGUUCUGUGAGGGGAAUGAUCUCGAUUUCUAUCUGAAGCAACACAAGCUGAUGUCUGAGAAAGAGGCUCGCUCAAUCGUCAUGCAGAUAGUCAACGCCCUCCGAUACCUCAAUGAGAUCAAACCGCCCAUCAUCCAUUACGACCUGAAACCAGGAAAUAUCCUGUUGGUGGAUGGAACAGCAUGUGGGGAGAUAAAGAUCACAGACUUUGGCUUGUCUAAAAUCAUGGAUGACGACAGCUACGGAGUGGACGGGAUGGACCUAACAUCACAGGGAGCUGGAACUUACUGGUAUUUGCCGCCAGAGUGUUUUGUUGUUGGUAAAGAGCCUCCAAAGAUCUCUAAUAAAGUAGAUGUGUGGUCUGUGGGCGUCAUCUUCUUCCAGUGCCUGUAUGGACGAAAGCCGUUUGGCCAUAAUCAGUCCCAGCAAGACAUCCUUCAAGAGAACACCAUCCUGAAAGCCACUGAGGUGCAGUUUCCUGCUAAACCGGUGGCUAGCAAUGAGGCCAAGGCGUUUAUCCGCCGCUGUCUGGCUUACAGGAAGGAGGACCGCUUUGACGUCCACCAGCUGGGCAGUGACUCGUACCUUCUUCCUCACAUGAGGCGGUCCAAUUCGUCGGGGAACUUGCAGGCCACUCCCGCAAGCCCCGCCUCUUCAGGAAUAAUCUCCUACUGAUCUCAAUGGCUGAUCGAUCAUGAUUGAUGGUUCUGAUGGUGAUUUCCCUCCCUUCAACACCUCGGGGUGGCCAGGAAGGGGGAGGAGCUAUAUAUCAGCUGACAGGCUGUAGGACAUGCCCACACCGGCCACAGUGACUGCCAUUGAUAUUGGGGCAGGAAUGGCCGAUGUCAUUUCCUGUGUGGAUCCAGAUGUCAGUGAGAGCUAGAACCAUUUGAAAAUUGACAUUUGUUUUUACCCAAGGCAUUUUGUGGAGUAGAUUUGGGAGGGUUGCGCUAACGUUUUAGCUUCUUGUUGAUAUCCUCCCUGAGCUACGCCUCAGUAAAGGGGUGUUUUGUUUUGUGUAAGUGUGAAAUUUAGAGGCAAUUAAUUGUAGUGUGAGUGGAAAUAGAUGAACGAGUGUUUUAAUGUGACAAAUGUGUCUGUAAGAAUUUUUGUGUGCGUGCACCUGUGAAUGGAUGUUUUACGCCACAGCGUUAUAUGUUGGCUGUUCAUAACAUACAUGUAUGUUGGCCGCAGAUUGCAAGAUGUGUGUGUGUGUGUGUGUGUGUGUGUGUGAGACAAAAUACUGUCUGUUUCACUUUAAAGUAACAUGUAUGAACAUUGUCAGUUUGUUUAAAUGGGCGCAAUAUUUGCAAAAUGUGGAUGAAUGGAUCUCACAAAGAAUGUCCAGGUCAUAUUUCACCUCAAAACCAAGCGGGGGAAAAAAAAAAAACCUUUAUUUUAGAUUAAGGAAAUUUGUGCUAUUUCUGGACCAUUUGGACAGAUUUUGGCACAGAUUUACAAAUAAAGAUUGUGACACUAUUUUGAUUUUGAGUUUUACUGUAUAUAUAUAUAUAUAUAUAUAUAUAUAUAUAUAUAUAUAUAUAUAUAUAUAUAUAUAUAUAUAUAUAUAUAUAUAUAUAUAUAUAGGCAUAAAUUUUGUCAAAAUUAUGAAAUAGGAUUCUUUCAAGUCAUAUUUAUUUCUUUAGAUUUUAGGGUGGAAAAUGACCUGGACAUGUUAUUGACCAGUUUGGUGAGAUUCACCUGAGAAUCCUGCAUGUAGGAGGAGACACCGUAAAAAGUCAUCUCAGUAGACCUCCUAUAGAAACUCUCAAAUGACAUGUGUGUAUUAAUGAAUCCAACCCUGAGCAGGUUUUCAUAUUUUGUUUGCAGGUUUGUUUGUAGCUUUUGUUGUCUGAUGCAGCAUCACCUUGCUGCUACCUGAUGUUGCUUUUAGUUCUAUGAUUUACUCAGAUUAAGAAUCAGACCAAAUAUAAAUUUGAUUUACCAGGAAAAGCAUGAAAAAAAACUGAAUGAGGUGUGUUGUGAGACUAAGGGUCUGACGUACGUAUGCGUGUUUGUGUGUGCGACGAUUCACAGAGCAGACGGAAGGUGGGCCGGACCCCACCCUUGAUCGUUUAACCCCUUUAUGCCUAGACCCAGUGCUGUCAUGUUGCUUAGCAACCCUCGCUGAUCCCGGAGCCUGAGUCAGGUCAGCAUCUCCGAAUGACGUGAACCGGACCGCGAACAAACUGUCAAAGCUUCCAGAGUCUGUUUUCAGGGGAAGAAUCUCAGCUUUUGUUGUUUCCACUCUCUAAAUACUCUUUCAACCCCAGAAGCAGUUUUCAGCUCAACAUAUGGUGAUCUGUCUCUAAAGUGCUGCUGCGAUUGUAGAGAAUGUAGCCAAAAGAGAAAUAAACAUUUUGAAAAUA